AUGUCCAGCGAAACACCAAAGAAGACGGUCAGCAUCGUCGCGUUUAUGAAGCGCAAGCCGGGUCUCACCCACGAGCAGUUCUACCAGCACUGGGUCCAUGUCCACGGCCCGCUCGUCAAGCCCUGGGCCCAGAAGCACGGGUUUCUGGAGUAUAGACAGAUCCACCUCUACCCGGCCCUGAACGCCAACCGCACCGUCGUCGGCCCCGAACGCGCCGGCCGCAACACGGAACUCGAAAACUGGGACGGUUGUGCCGUCUUUGAGAUCGAGAGCCUCGAAAGGUUUGAGGCGGCGUUCGAGGACCCGUACUAUAAGGACGUCAUCGCCAAGGACGAAGAGCAAUUCAUCGACAAGGCGGCCGGCGUCAUGCGCCGUCGGGGGGAGCUGAACAGAAUUAUUUAG